AUGGACAGUCAUGUUGUUAAUUAUAGAGAAGCUGUCCAAUCUCUUGCUCUUGGAUUUUCUAGUAGCCCUUUUAUACAUCAUCCAAUUGGUACGACCUUGCUUGGAACUGGAGGUUUUGGCUCUGUAUACAAAAGCGCAUUAUUUGACGGGACAAUUGUUGCAGUUAAAGUUCAAUGCUUUCAAAAGAUUCGAUGCAGAAUGCAAGGCAUUAUGCUCGAUGUGGCAUGGGCAUUGGCCUACCUCCUCCAUGGACAAUCAAAAUUUGUGGUGCAUUGUGAUUUGAAGCCUAGUAAUAUCCUUUUGGAUGAGGAUAUGAUUGCACAUAUCGGUGACUUUGGCAUUGCAAAGAUGUUAAUCAAAAACAAAGAGGCAACACAAACCAAAACUCUUGGAACACUUGGCUAUAUUGCACCAGAAGGAACAAUGUCUAUUAAAGCAGACACUUACAGCUAUGGUAUAAUAUUGUUGGAGAUGAUCACAAGAAAGAAAACCAGUGAUGACAUGUUUGCUGGAGAAUUGACGUUGAGACAGUGGAUAAAUGUUUCAUUUCAGAAUAAAAUGAUGGAAGUUGUGGAUGAUGGCUUGAGGUGUUCAAAAGAGUUGCCAAAUGAAAGGAUCAAUAUCAAAGAUGUGAUUGUCAAGCUUGACAAAAUCAAACUGUUACUUUCUGAGAACGGAAACAAGGGUAUCUGA